GGUAGGGUUGCUGUUCUUGCUAGGGUUGCUGCGGCGGCUUGAGUGACGUAGGGAUACUGUUAAUGCGUUCUCGGGUCGCUCGGCAUACAGUAUCCCCUGGCUUUUGUUUAGUGCGAGUGCUUUUUCUGCUUUUCGUUCCGGGUGCCCUACCUCCGCCCGCACGUGUCUUCGCAGCCUGCAAACCAUGAAUCUCAACCAUCCAUUACUCAUCCACUUGACCCCGUCCUAGUCGCCAUGGAAAUUUCGACUUCAUCGCGGCGCGCCUUCGUACCGCGCGCUACAGGCGAGCCUGCCUCCUCUCUCGCAUCUCUCCCCACUGUCGCCUCCGCACCUCCCACCGCCGCUUCCGGCGUCUCUGGCGCCGCCUCUAGGGAAGAUUCCGUCGCCGCGGCGUCGAAUCCCGGAUGCUCUAAUCCCGGGCACGCGGUGGCGGGCAGCCGGGCAGCGAAAGAAAAAGCCGCCGAGGACCGUAGGGCAGGGAAACGGGCAGCAGAAGAGAUGGAAGAGGAUAGCGAGGGGGAGAGCGAGGGGGAAGAGGAGGAGGGAGCAGAGGGAGGCGAGACGAAAAAGCAAACAAGAAACGGGGUGAGGGGGAAGGGGAAGGGAGAGUCCCCGAGGGAAGCGGAGGUGUGCUCUAUCUGCCUGGAUGUCGUGGACGUGCGCUCGGACGAACGGUCCACUGCAAGGCUCAAGUGCGGCCAUUCCUUUCACCUGGACUGCAUCGGCUCCGCCUUCAACGCCAAGCGCCGCAUGCAGUGCCCCAACUGCCGCAGCGAGGAGCACGGCCACUGGCUCUUCGCGUCCGGCCCCUCGGGCCCCUCUCGCCCGCCCCCCGGCUCUGCUGCUGACAUUGCCGCUGCUGCCAUUUCUGCUGGCUUGGAUGCCGCUGCUGUGGCUGAUUUCGCUGCUGCAGCGGGGGUGGAGGUGGGGGGGGGAGCGGACGUGGGGUGGGUGGAGGUUGGGGGGGGCGGAGGGUCGUGGGGGGAGGAGGGGUCGUUGGAGGAAUACGCGUUUGAGGAGGAUCCGGAGCUGUUUAUGAGGCAUGUGCAUGAGGUGGACCUGCCGCUGCCCCCGUGGGUUGAUGACGAGCUCUACGAGCCAGGCCCGUUCAUCUUCACGCGGCACGGGUUGAGUGCUGCAGACGUGGAGAUGUAUCACAAUGCCGGUCAUUCGUCUCAUGCAGGUUACACGGGCGCCUAUGGCGCCUCUCUCCCGUCGGUCCAUCUUUGGACGCGGUACGACCCCCAUCGAUACAAUCACCACCAGCUUGAGCAUGCCAUGCAUGUCAUGCCAUCGAUUCCUGAUGAUGCUCGUCUCUUUGGUUGGCGUGCAGGUGGGGGAGGAGGAGGUGGAGAAAGAGGAGGAGAAGGAGGAAGAGGAGGUAGAGGAGACGCUGCAACUGCCGGGGUAGAGGGAGGGGGAGGAGGGUGGCAGGAAGUGAAUACAGGCGCUGCAAGGGAAGGACGGUGGCUGGGAGCAGGAAGAAUCGGAUGGGAAACCGAUCCUUCCAACCCCGCCCUUCCCCUCAACCCCUCCUAUUCUCCGUAUCCCUCCAACCCUUCCCAUCCCGCCAGUUCUUCCCACCCCCUCCCUCCGCCUACCCAUCCGCAUGCCUCUGGGUGCCCCUACCUUGCGGCAGCAGCUGCUGCAUACUCUGCUGCCCCACCCCCUUCCUCUUCCCAUUCCGUUCACCCUCCUCCCUCUGCCUAUGGCGCUGGCCUCUCCUCCUUGGCACAACCAUCAGGACCACAACCGCAUCCUCCCCCCCUCCCUCGUGCACAUGCCCCCUCUGCCCCCUCUGCUCCCUCGGCUCCUUUUUACCACCCGCUCUUCCCCUCCCCUUCCCACCAGCACCAGCACCAGCACCAGCACCACCCCCUAGCCCACCGCACGCACCACCAUCCGUCUUCCUACCCAUCCGCCCCGGGCGGGGUUUCUGGGGCAAAUGCCGGCCAGCCUAUGGAGUGGGACAAUGCCACCCCUGCUGCUGCCGCCGCUGCCGCUGCUGCUGCUGCAGCUGCCACUGCUGGUGCUCUUGCUGCUGCUGCCACCGCUGGUACUGCUGGCGGUGGUGCUGCUGCUGGCGGUGGGGGUGUUAACGAUGCAUGGGGUGCGCGUGCUGCAGGGGGCGCUAGGCCCUGGUGGCAGGAGGGCUUUCCUCCCUCUAGCAUACCGCGAGGCAGGAGAAGGGUGGGAGUGUGGGAGGGAAGACCAGUACUGGCCGAUGGUGACUAUAACGAAUGGAUGAGGGGAACGAGGGAGCGGGAACUCGCGCCCGCCCCUUCCUCCCUCUCUCCACCACCCCCUCCUCCUCUCGAUCCCUCUGCACCUCUCUCCCAUCCUCUCCAGCGCGCCAUGGCUCCUUCCUCUCUUCCUUCUCCUCCCCCCCCAUCCGCCUAUUACUCUCGCACACGUUCCUUGCCGCCGCAGCAGGCCAACUACACAGCAUCAGGCGGCGCAGAGAUGGAGAGUCGUGGCUUCUCGGCAUUUCCCCAUGAGGCAGGGGCUGUGGGAGGGAGAGCGGGUGUGGGGGGGAGAGGGGGUAGGGAGGGUGGUUCGGGAGGGGGUGAGGUGGGAGGGUGGAGCUGGGGGUCAGAAGCGGGAGAAGGAGCAGCAGGCGUGGGCAGCGCCGAUGGUGCCAGUGCUGGUGCUAAUGCUGGUGCUGGUGGCAGUGGUAGCGGUGGUACGAGUGCGGGCAAUUGGCGGUGGCAGGCCGAGUCCCCAGGCGUGCUCUCUCAGCAUGGUCACUUUACCGCACCUCCUGGUGCCAAUCCUCCUUCCUGCACUCCUCCCUCCACUGCGUCUCCACCCGGUCACUUGCCUCUCUUUUCUGUGCCGUCCCUGCCGCAAGCCCCAGGGGCCUCGCCUUCGCCCUCUUCGACCGUGCAAGCUCCAGGAUCCUCCUCCUCGUUGGCCUCGCACGUCCCGCGAGUCUCUCGAAUGCGUUAUUCCCAGCGUCCAGGGCCCUUCGCUGGCGGGGCCCCUUUCACCCCAGCGGCGGCUGGUUACCCUAGGGAGCCUGCUGGUUACUCUGGGGACCCGUCUACCCCCGCCGGUUUCUCCCCGGAUCCGUUCGCCUCUUUUGGGCUCAUGGGAAACGCCUCUGCUGCUGCACCUUCCCCUGGGCCUGCACCCCUCUCUCUGGCUUCUCCCUGCCCUCCUGCGUCCACGGGGCCAGCAGCAAGAGCAGGAAGAGCAGCAGGGGGGAGGACGGACAUGGGAUCGUCAGGGCAGAGGCAGCCAGAGGUGAUCGAGUUGGACGAUGACUCGGACAUGGAAAGGGGACCUGGAGGGUGGGGGGGGCGAGGGGGAGGUGGAGGAGGAGGAGGCGGAGGCGGCGGAGGAGGCGGGACAGCAAGGUGGGGAGGAGGGGAGUGGGAAGGGGCGUGGAGGGUUGAGGCAAGAGCAACAAGGCAUGAGGAGGGAUGGCACGGGGAGGCGGUGGGGGGAGGGCAGGGCAGGUCGUUUCUAAACCCGCUGGCUGCUCCGUUCAGCAGUCAUGGGACAGUUGCAGGUGCAGGGGGCAGCAGAACACCCAACCCCCAUCCCAACCUCAGCUCCAAUCCUAACCUGGACCCACACCGUAGCUCGAGCUUCAGGCAUGGGGCCAUGAAUAGGGGUACAAUGCCAGGAGGAGCAUCCAGUGGUUAUGCUGAUGCUGGUGCUGCCGGUGCUGCCGGUGCUGGUGCUGGUGCUGGUGCUGGUGCUGGUGCUGGUGCUGGUGCUGGUGCUGGUGGGCGUUUGAGUGCUGCGCCUGCGUCAGCAAGGGGGUGGAUGGCACGUGGGCGUCCCACAGGACUGGCAUCAUCGCUGUUUGAGCCUCAGGGGAACGAGUUCCGAUGCCUGCUGUGCCCGCCCUCCUCCUCCUCCGUUGCCUCCACGUACACACGCCACCCCUCCCUCCUCCCUCACCGCACCCACUUCCCUGACCUACCUCGCCUGAGGGAUCACAUGCUGUUGCGACACGGCAUCGACCCCAUGCCUACCCAUGCCCCUCUCGCCCUGCUCUGACCUGCCCUCUUCCACCGCACAGCACCACCUGCCACCCCUCCCUCCUCCCUCACUGCACCCUCUUUUUUCUGAUGUGGCUUGUUAACAAAAUCAUAUGCAACUCGGCAUCGAACCCAUGGCGGCUAACGCUCCUCUGGCCUUGCUGUGACCUGCCCUUCUCCAUCUCUCAGCACCGCUCUGGAUAUACUCUAAACCCGAAACCUUAAACCCGAAACCCAUGCACUGUUAUCCGCCCUCCCUCCUCCCCCACUGCACUCUCGUCUGUGGCAUGGCUUGUUCCAGAGACCGCAUGCUGCUGUGCCAUGGCAUCGGCGCCUCGGCAUUGGCGCCAUGGCAUGGGCGCCAUGGCAUCGGCACCAUGCCUGUCCAUUCCCCUCUAGCCUUCCUCGAAGGUCAAUACACCCCUUUGAAGCACCCCUCGGCACCGCUCUCCAUCUCUCUCUCCUGCACGACACCCUCUCCCCUGACAAGGCUUGCCUGAGAGACCAGACAAGGUCUGCAAGCCAGCAACGUGGCAUCAUUGACACUAUGGCUACCCAUGGCAAGCAUGCAACAUGGCAUCACCCAUGCCAUGGCUACCAGUGCUGCCCCUUCCAACUAUCCACCACUCUCCACCACUCAGCACCCUCCUUGUUUUGUUCAACACUGCCGUGUUUAAAGAACAUCCCAGGUACUGUAGCUGCUUCUUUUUCUUCCCAAGAAAUAACUGUGUUCUUCUCUGUGUUGUGUGGACGACUCAUCGUUUGUCUUAGUGUAUGUGUGAUGCUGGUGUGCUGCCGUAUGUUACACUUGAGACGUUUUUCCUUAUCCUCUGUACAUAUGAUGCUACAGCUGUAGAAUGGGGUU